UUCCCACGAUCUAGUGUGGCCCAGUGAGGACGAGAAGCUGGCAGAGUAUGAAUUAUUUCGCCAAAACCUCGCUGGAUGUUCUCAUGGUUCCUAACACGUACGUGGAGUGGAAGACAGAAAGGACUCGUGUCUCUCUGUAGCAAACGGGGAACUUAGAAUUCAAGCUCUCCGGAGGCUGGAACCGUGCGGGGUGUGGUCCAUGAGCGCAUCCCCAGGGCCGCACUCCACACCCGGCAAAGCUGGCUGACGGAAGGAAGAAGCAAAUCCUUAGGAGAAGAUGACCGUGUUCUUUAAAACACUUAGAAAUCAUUGGAAGAAAACGACAGCUGGGAUCUGCCUGCUGACAUGGGGAGGCCAUUGGCUAUAUGGAAAGCACUGCGACAACCUGCUAAGGAGAGCUGCCUGUCAAGAAGCUCAGGUGUUUGGCAAUCAACUCAUUCCUCCCAACGCACAAGUGAAGAAGGCGACGGUUUUUCUCAAUCCUGCUGCUUGCCGAGGCAAAGCAAGGACUCUAUUUGAAAAAAAUGCUGCCCCGAUUUUACACUUAUCUGGCAUGGAUGUGACUGUUGUUAAGACCGAUUAUGAGGGCCAAGCCAAGAAACUCCUGGAACUGAUGGAAAACACAGAUGUGAUCAUUGUUGCGGGAGGAGAUGGGACAUUGCAGGAGGUUAUUACUGGCGUUCUUCGAAGAGCAGAUGAGGCUUCCUUCAGUAAAAUUCCCAUUGGAUUUAUCCCAUUGGGACAGACCAGUAGUUUGAGUUCUACCCUCUUUGCUGAAAGCGGAAACAGAGUCCAACAUAUUACAGAUGCCACCCUUGCCAUUGUGAAAGGAGAGACUGUUCCACUUGAUGUCUUGCAGAUCAAGGGUGAAAAGGAACAGCCCGUGUUCGCAGUGACCGGCCUUCGAUGGGGAUCCUUCAGAGACGCCGGCGUCAAAGUUAGCAAAUACUGGUAUCUCGGGCCUCUAAAAACCAAAGCAGCUCACUUCUUCAGCACUCUUAAGGAGUGGCCUCAGACACAUCAAGCAUCCAUCUCGUACACGGGACCUACAGAGAGACCUCCCAGUGCAGCAGAAGAGAACCCUCCUCGGCCCUCUUUGUAUAGGAGAAUAUUACGCAGGCUCGCGUCCUACUGGGCGCAGCCGCAGGACGCCCAUUCCCGAGAGGUGAGCCCCAAGGUCUGGAAAGAAGUGCAGCUGUCCACCAUCGAACUGUCCAUCACGACGCGGAACAGUCACCUUGACCUGACGAGCCAAGAAGACUUCAUGAACAUCUGCAUUGAGCCUGACACGGUCAGCAAAGGAGACUUCAUAACCAUAGGAAGCAGAAAGGUGCGGGACCCCGGGCUGCGUGCGGCCGGCACCGAGUGUCUCCAGGCCAGCCAGUGCACUCUGCUGCUUCCCGAGGGAACGGGGGGCUCUUUCAGCAUCGACAGUGAGGAGUACGAGGCGAUGCCUGUGGAGGUGAAGCUGCUCCCCAGGAAGCUGCAGUUCUUCUGCGAUCCCAGGAAGAGGGAACAGUUGCUGCCCAGUGCGGCCCCGUGAGCUAUCAAGGUGGGGAGCCGGCCGCCCCCACGCUGCACUUUAGGCCUCCGAUGGGACCAGAAGCCUCCCCUGUCCCCGCAGUGUUGUCCCAGGACCCCAGGGCACCUCCAUGGCAAGCACCCUGCCCUCGCAGCGCUUCCCCCUACUCCGAUCUUCCCGCUAGCGCAUGCUCAGCCUUCGCUGCACCCCCUGCUCCCUCCUCCAGUGGUUUGCCCCAGGAGGGUCCGGAGAGGCCCACCUGCGCAGGCUGGGAAAGGGCUAGACCUCCUUGGUCCCCAUGCGUGCAGCCACAGUCCAGGCCUCCCUGGUCUCGCCCGGGACUUGAGGGGGUGCGGGUGCCUGCCCUCUCCACUGCCGUCCUUUUUCUAGGCUUCUCCACGGGUGCUGCUACUUUCUGAGCUCAGAUUCGAAUUAAGCUUGUUUCAAUCCAACGACCUGGGAGGGGUUUUUGUCUUCAGCCCUCACUAAGAAACUUAGUUUGUAUUAUUUUUUAAAGUAGUGCUUAACUAUGGGUUUGCAUGAGAACCACCUAGGAUGCAUGUUAAAAACUGACAG